UGUGGUAACUAGUGACGACCGUCAAGCGGUGACAACAUAUUAGCCUAGAUUACGUUUCACUACGUCUCAGUUCGGGGGUGAUCAGUCCUUGACAAUGGCUGGGGAAAUGUCUAUGAUCGGAUCGGUCAUUCUGGCUCUUUUUCUAGCUGGCUAUCUGGGCCAACAUUAUCUGCCUCCACCGAAACCAAAAGUAAUCGGCCUAGAUCUGGGGACCACUUUCUGCUCCGUGGGAGUAUUCCACCCGGGUACCGGGGAUGUGGAGGUGAUAGGGGAUGAGCAGGGGCGGAAGAGCAUCCCUAGUGCGGUGUCGUUCACCCCUACCGAAGUUCUCGCCGGUUACGAGGGUCAGGAUCUGGCCGACAACAAUCCUCAAAACACCAUCUAUGAUGCCAAGCGGUUUAUUGGAAAGAUAUUCGAACAAGAGCUCCUUGAACAGGAAAGUGCUCGCUAUCCAUUCAAGGUAAUAAAUAACAAUGGCAGUGCAGAGUUCUUGGUCUCCACCAACCAGACGUUCACAGUUACUCCCGAGUUCAUUGGUUCUCGGCUGCUGCUGAAGAUGAGGAAGAUGGCGGAGCGUCACCUGGGUGUCCCCAUCAAGAGGGCUGUUAUCUCUGUCCCUGCUGAGUUUGAUGAGAGACAGAGGAACUACACCAUCAGGGCUGCCAACCUGGCCGGACUGGACAUCUUGCGUGUGAUCAACGAGCCCACGGCUGCAGCGAUGGCGUAUGGGUUACACAAGGUGGACGUGUUCAACGUACUGGUGGUAGACCUGGGAGGAGGAACGCUGGACGUCUCUCUGCUCAAUAAACAAGGGGGCAUGUUCCUCACCAGAGCCAUGGCAGGUAACAACAAGCUGGGGGGGCAGGACUUCAGCCAGAGGCUGCUCCAGUACACCAUGGAGAGGGUCCGCCAGCAGUAUGGCGUUCCCCCCACCCUCAAAGAGGACAUCCACCGCCUCCGCCAGGCCGUGGAGAUUGCCAAACUCAACCUCACCCUGCAGCUCAGUGCCCACCUCAGGGUACCCCUGCACCUGGAGCCCCAAGGGAACCCCAAGGAACCACCACAGGGGCCCGCCAAGGACCCAAUCCCAGUCAUCUUCCAAGCAGUCAUCACCCGUGAGCUGUUUGAAGAGUUGAACGGCGACCUCUUUCAGAAGGUUCUGGCACCUGUAGAGACAGUGCUGGCCGAGGGCCACCUGGGGAAGGAGGAGGUGGAUGAGAUAGUUCUGGUGGGAGGCUCCACCCGCAUCCCUUGGAUCAGGAAGCUGAUCAGUGAAUACUUUGGGAAGGAGCCCAACACCUCAGUGGACCCAGACUUGGCAGUGGUGACUGGGGUGGCCAUCCAGGCUGGCAUCAUGGGGGGCUCCUGGCCCCUACAGGUCAGCGCUAUAGAGAUCCCCAACAGACACCUCCGCAAGACCAACUUCAAUUGAUCUAGUCUAGAGAGGUGGCAAGGGACAUAAGGAUGCCACCAGACAGAGACUUGCCAUAAUAAAGGAUGGUCUGCAUUUUAACUGUUAAUUGUCCUUCUCCACCACGUGUGCAAUAGUUGAUGUUAAAAUAUGAUCUUCUUCAGCUCUAAUAAUAGAUACUGAAAUAUAUUCUCACAGAGAAGCUGAAAUUACACCAUCACUUGUUUACUGCUGGCCCAAUUUAUUGGACCAACUGGUAGAUUGAAAUGGUGUUCAAUUCAGGGAACAACCUUUAUUUCUACAGAACUGUGACCAGCCAAUACACUUUCAGUUAUUUAUUUAUUUCUAGUGCAUGUGUGCGAGCGUGUUUGUACUGCGUGGGGGUGGGGGGGUACAGCACAUUAGGAGAAUUUGUUUUUCAGUGGAUGACAACACGCUUGUGCCUUUUCAGAGAGCUGCUGUGGUUGUGUGGAGCUGCACUGUUAGGAUCUGUGCUUUUAAGUCACCUGAUAUGAAGAACUACCAGUCUUAUUGACUGGGGCAGUAUUCUAUUAGAGUUGUGGACCAAAUAUGUUUGCACAUAUUGUUAGUAGCUUUACAUUCAAGCAGUAGCCUAUGUUCAGCUUUGUAUUGGAUAACUGAUGAAUUAUCAAAAUAAGGGGCAUACCAACUUAAGCUAAAUAUUGCACUUUGAAAAUGAUAACUUGUUAGCCAGCAUCAUCAUUCUGGUGCAAUUGAACUAUAAGAAUCACAGAGUACACGGUCUGACAUUUAGUACUUCUAUAUUUGAGUCAUUUAGCAGACACUCUGUAUAAGAGUGAUUUACAGGAGCAAUUAGGAUUAGGCACGUUGACAAUUUUCACCUUGUCGGCUCGGGGAUUCAAACCAGCGCCCUUUGGUUACUGGCCCAACGCUGUUAACCACUAAACUACCUGUAUAUAGAAGUACUUAUUGUAAGUGUCAUGAAAAGACCCAAGGCUUAUGCUGGUUAGAGCCCCUGGCAUUGGUGAACAAACAUGUUGGUUAAUAAUUUACUACUAUUAGUCAAUUCUAAUUAUCUCAUGUAUGGAAUGUACAUUCCAAAAUACCAGUCUAGUCAGGGCUGAUGCAGCAGACUACUGUAUGCCCUUACCUUUUUGAAUGCAUUCCUUGUUGAACGUGCCUCAGAUAAUGUACUGAUUGCAGUUCUCUGUAGCAAUAUGCUAUAGGAAUUUAUCAUGUUUUUGUACUGCACGUUUUGCUUAUGCUCUUCAAAGCACCCCUCUCAUAUCUGCUUGUACUACAUGCUGCUUUUCAACAAAAAAUAAUCAGAAUUUCCCUAAAUACCAUUAUUGAAUUUCUGUAGUGGAGCUUUAUUUCAAACAGAGAUUGCCAUUGAAGGGAAAAUAUCAACAUUCAGAUGCAUCUCGUGAUCCUCAUUCCAUGACAGACUUUCUAGUACAGGUAAAAAGGACAUUUCUGAUCAUGUUCCCAGAACAUUGAGUGCUAAAAUCUUGCAAAAUGCAUUUAGCAUCAUCACUAGUUUCUUCAGCAAUGUGGUAACAUCUUGCCGCAUAACUUUACAAUUUUUUUAUUUAACUAGGCAAGUCAGUUAAGAACAAAUUCUUAUUUACAAUGACAGCCUAUCAGGGAACAGUGGGUUAACUGCCUUGUUCAGGGGCAGAAUGACAGAUUUUUACCUUGUCAGCUCGGGGAUUCGAUCUAGCUACCUGCCGCCUCACUCCAUAACUGAGGGGAAAUAAUGUCAGUAUAACAGAGAUCCACAAUGGUGUUAUUACUGGCACGGGCCAGUAAUAUAACAUACAGUGCCUUCAGAAAAGAUUCAUUAUUCCACAUUGUGUUACAGCCUGGAUUAAAUAGAUUUUUACACACAAUAUCCUGUGAAAACAGGUGUUCAAAUAUACUUCUUAGAAUCACCUUUAUUUGUGAGUUUUGCACACCUGGAUUGAGUCCAUGUGACUUAAGCACGGUUUACUCCUGAAUUUAUUUAGGCUUGCCAUAACAAAGGGGUUGAAUACAUGACUCAAGGCUUUUCAUUACAUUUGUAAAAACAUUCCAGUGACAAUCUAAAUUUAAAUUCAGGCUGUGACACAAAAUGUGGAAAAAGGCAAGGGGUGUGAAUACUUUCUGAAGCCACUGUACAUCAAGCAUUCACAUUGUCAACAGUAACGCCAACCUAAAUGGUUUGUUAGUUAUGUUCUAACUACAAAAAUACUCUGCACCCCACCAACAAAAAAAUCACAAUAAAAGGAUAUCACUUUGGUA